AUGUCUGGGCACAAUAAUACAAACGACAUCGGCGCCAACGACAACGAACAAGAUCCUCACAACACUGGUACCAAUCCACCCAUUAAUCAGUACGAUCAUCACGCAUCCAACGUCAUCAAUAAUUCCUUCAAUCCCCAUCAACAAGGAACGGACGGUAGACAAAUGGCUCCAAACAACAAUCAAAGCGGACUUCAAGUAGUCCCUGUUGAUCUUACUAAUCCGCAGUCUCAAGUUCUAGUGUUUGAUUCUCCGUACCUGCAUGGAGGAGAUCAAUUGCCUAACUAUCAUACGCAUAAUAGGGGAUACACUGUCGACCCGCAAAUACCUGCUUCUUACCCAGUCAAUUUAGCUCUCAUCAACCAUGAUCAAGUACCUCCAUGGCCUGUCUAUCAUGGAGAUAAUAACGGAUACAUCAUGGACCCACACAUGCCUGCUUAUCAAGAAGUCGAGGGACCCCCUAUCAACCAUGACCAACAAGUGCCCCAAUCGCUGGUCUAUCACGGAGCCCCUAUCAACCAUGGCCAACAGGUACCCCCAUCGCUAUCCUAUCACGAACACCCUGUCAACCCGCAAAUGCUUGCUUGUCACCAAUUUGAGGGGAGUCCUAUCAAUCAUGUUCAACAACCUCAAUUGCCAAUCAAUAGUAAUCACCACCAGCCUCAACUUCAGGCUCAAGAUUUAUCCUAUAUUUUCGGGCAACAACAGACCCAAGUUCAGGAUGACUACAUGAGUGACAUCGAACGUUCCAUCAGUCAACAAGCAUUCGUUGAUCCUCCUUUUCAAAGUGCUUUAACCGACUUCGGUCAGCCACUGUCAAUGCCUGUUCAUGCCGCAGAUUAUAGCGGUCACGAUAUGAGUCAGCAAGCACCCGCUCACUUCCCAGUUGGAGGAGAUCCUACUCAUCUCGGUCCACAACCUCAAAUGCAUGUCAAUCAGACAAACUUCAGUCCUGUCAACAAUAACCAACAAGCAUACCAAGGAAUGGCCACCACCGCCGUGUCAUCAUUUGCUAAUCAAUCGGCGCAAGAACAGGACGCCGAAUUUCAACACUUUGUUCAACAACGUCUCGCCCUUGGAGAGGUCCAACUGAUGGAGUUCGAAACAUUUAAGGCGUGGUAUAUAGGUCAGCAGUUGCAAGGAAACAUCACACCAACAAUUGAACAUGGAGUUACUCCUCUCGACCAAGCCCUCGUCUUGAAUAAUGAUGUAGCGAUUCAACAGUCUCUGAUACUGCCGAAUAAUCAAGAGCGCAUGCAACCGCCUCCCAUGAUCUAUCAGAAUCGGGGAGAAUUGACUACUGGCUUUCAGCACACGAUGCCCCCUCCAACAACUUUGAGUUUACAAGCUAUGAAACCGAACAGCGAGCCAUAUCUUCAACAACCUCAAGAAAGCAUCGACUCGGAUGUGCAAGCAAGAAGAACUUCAUUGGCUAUUACAUCAUCCGGCCAAUCCUUUUUGCCGGUUUCCUCGCCAUCUAUGGCACUGCCAGCUCUUUCAUUGACUACGACAAUGGCAGCCCCCCCAUCAAUCACAAGAGCUCAAGCCCCCUCAUUGACCACAACAGUACCAGCUCCCUCUGUGCCAGCGUUCACUAGAAGAAAUCAAAAACUAAAAAAUGAAAAACCGCCACAGAUGGGGAAAAAGACGUGUGCCACAGGGAAAAGGAAUUCACGAGAACAAAAAACUGAGGCUACUCCGGCAAUCCAGCAAACGUCCAUUCCGAUUGACCAAAUCCUUAGUCCUACUGGCAAUUACACUGUUUCCCUUGCAUAUUUGCCACCGGUUUUCGAUUCUCGUGAGCCUUUUGACGUCUCUGCGUUUACCGCAUUGACCGCCGGAGCUGAAAAUAUUGAUAGGCAAGAGAAAAGGAAAUCGAGAAUGCGUAUGACUCAAGGCAGCUCGUUUAUAGUGAAGAUGGCCUUGAGAGAAAUGCUCCAACAGUCCAUCGUUCAUCUGUCACUAGAAACUUCGCCGGGCGCACGAACAAGUGUACCCACCAAAGAUGCUGAUAAACCCGAGAUUAAAUUGUUGCUAUUUGCCUCAAAGUCGCAAUUUGUUGUUGAGGAAGGAGAAGAAGAUGCCAAAGUUGUACGCGGAAAAGAGCAAAUAGUCAAACCAGCCAGGGAUGGGGAUCUAGAGUUCGCAAAGCAUACGUUCAAGUGCCGUGCAAUCAAUAUUGAUCUCAAUGGAAUAGAGGUGGAGGGAAGCUACUCGCUUUAUACGAAGACGUCAUUCGUUAAUGCAAAUACUCCCUUAAAGUAUGCGAUCGGGCUCGAAAUAAUGGUUACAGAGGUCGGUAAGAGAAUCGCUAGAGAUAACCUGCUCACUUAUGAAAGAUCUCUGCCAUCUCAAAUUGCAGGGGAGCCAGUCUGGGCUGAUAUAAUCGACCUCUUGAAACUGCAAGCUACAGAGUGGGAUACAAACACUGGGAAUCAAGAUCCACCUGCAUUCCAAACGUCAACAUCAACUUCACCAUCGAACCAACAGCAAAAUGACAAAGAGGAACAGUUGCCAAGUUCGGGACCGGUACAAGGGCAAAGAGCACGAACUAGGCAGUCGAUUACGCCCGAGCCACGAAGCGUUCGUGGAGAGAAGCGCAAGCAGCAACAACAACCAGAGCUUCAUGCUUCUCCGGUUAUAUUUGUAUCGAGCUCCGAGGCAAACAAUUCUUCAAGCGACCAAGCAAACAGUCCAAUCUCCAACGCUUCUACUGAUAGGACAAGUGUUUCUCCACAACUAUUAGCAGAACCAUCCCGAUUAUCAGGCAAUUCAAGGCCUAUUAAACGAUCAAGAAAUGGAUAUGAAAUGGGAUCGCUAGAGGGAGGAACCGGUAUGAAGAAAUCUUCGCCCUCGAGAAAGCAAGCUCGCUUGCCAUUGAUGCAACCACUUAUGAACCAGAUCUCUCAGAACGACCACAUGCAUCCUGCACGUUCUCCUUCCGAAAUCGUGCGAUCGCGAGUUACAACUGAAACUCAACAUCGUAUGCCUGCCCCGGUAUCAGAUCAAGCUCAAGGAUCGUCCGCCGCGGAACAAAUAGCUGUUCAUAAGCAGGGAAUGUUAUUGGCUAACAGUGAGAGACCUUAUCAAGAAAUUAUUUCUCCACUCACACAGCCGUUACGCACAUUUUCAGCUCAAAGUAACAUGCCGACACAGAUGGGAACUCGACUUUUAAGAAAACCCACAGAGGCAGAACUUGCUCCUCAUAGGGAACGAGUGCACAGCAUGUGGAAGUCAGCUUUUCCAUUUGGAAGGAAAUCCUCACAGGGUCAAUGA